AUGCCUUCCUCGAAGCCUUUGAAGAUCAAGCCCUCCGAGGUUGCUGCGGACACCAAGAAGAAACUGAUCCCAGAAGUCAACAAAUACUUCCGCGAAGAUUGGCCCCCCUACUCGGUGCUCUACUCGCAACCACUGCUCCAACUUCCGCUCAGCCGUCCAGCCUUCAUGAGCUCAGAGUUACCCAACUUUUGUAAGGGUCACCCAAUGUCCAGUCCUGGUGGGGCUUCGGGGCCACGGCUAACCAUAUCAGAUGUUGUCCACAGCGAUCCUGUCGACUGCGCACUAGGCUGGGCCCAGAGCGAAGGGGUCCGAAUCCCUUUCAUCUGUGCCGCGAAUGAAAAGCGACCCGGAGGUGAUUGGGAGACAGGUGUUGUCGGUUAUGAGGAAAGACUGUGCCGUCGCAGCAAUCUGUCGGCAACGUUGGGCUCUCCCCAUCCGGAUACAUGCUUGCCAACCAACUAUCCAAUUCCGAUCGAAGGAGCCAUCUAUUCCCCUGACGUUGUUCGGUUCCGCCAGUUCCAGGACAGGAUUGAGUCACUAGACAUGAAGGACUGGAGGUCGCUUCCAGUCAUUUCCAUGCCGCCAGCGCGAUGGCCGAAGCUCACAGACAUGGGACGAAAAUACUCAUUUUCGGAAGAGCGAGAACUGGUACGGAACAAGAUGCGCGCCGCGUUGCGAAUCUGCGUAUUUAACGGCUACAACCACGUCGUAAUUGGCGACUUUGGUCUCGGCAACGGCUACCGCAACCCGCCCAAGGAGUUGGCAGAGCUUUGGCGCGAGGUCUUCCUCUACGACCCGGAAUUAAGGGGGCAGUUCCUAGCCGUCAUGUUCGCUUUCGAGGACGACCGGCAAUGCACAGCCAAGUGUAUCCUCGACGACAUCGCCAAGAAAACGAAAGGGAGUAGCAGCAGCAGCUCUUCGAAAAGCAAAUCCAAGAGCUCGUCAUCAUCAAGCUCCAGCGGCAGUUCGUCCAGUCACAAGAGUGACUUCAAAAUCUUUAGUGAAAUCUUCGCAACGAGCGAGAUCGCUAGAGUUCGUAGCCAACCCGACCCGCGCUAUGCCUUCUCUGCAAUCAUGGAUGGUUCUUGA